CAUCUCCCGGCUCUGCUGACUUCCUUCCAAUACAUACCUGUACACCACCCUCUCCCAAGCUGCCCCGACAGCUCGGUCCCCCAAGCUGGGCACUGCUCCCCUCCUACCCACCGGGGGCUGGGCAUAGCCACAGCCCUGCAAGGUGGCACUGGACAGGGGGCAGGUGGCACCUUGAAGACAGCACUGCCUUUAGUCAGAGCACCUGUCUCCCUUUCCUUUCUGCUACCCGAUCUUGGGCACCCCACAUAGGGUGGCAUUGUCCACUGUGCCACACCCCAUCACUGCCUUUGUCUCCCGCCUUGUCCCCCCUAUUCGAAGUCUGCUCUCCUAAUGCCCGGCUGAGGCAAUCUAGCACCCACAGCUGCCCUCACCUCUUCCUUGCCUCUGGGACUGGUGCCGCUGCUCCUGAGUCCUCCCUGGACACGGGACAUCUAACGGACACCUCGGUCAACCUGAGUGGAGCCAUGGGCAGCGCCAGCCCUGGCCUGAGUGCCCCGCCACCAAGCCGCCUCCUCUUGCCUGAUACAGGGCUGCAGAACAGCCUGGAAAAGGGGUCAGGGGCUGAGAGGAGAGUCUGGAGCCCCAGCCCCCCUGCCACACCUGAGCAGGGUUUAUCGGCCUUCUAUCUCUCCUACUUUGAUAUGCUGUACCCUGAAGAGGGAACCUGGGGGGGAAAGGGUCCAGUCGAGGAGGACCAGGAGGAGGCCCCCAAGGAGCCAGAGCAGUGCCCCAUCAUCGACAGCCAGGCCCAGGGGGCAGGUCUAGACUACUCCCCAGGCAACCUGACCCUGGAGGAACACUCGUUGGAGCAAGUACAAUCCAUGGUGGUCGGGGAGGUGCUGAAAGACAUCGAGACUGCCUGCAAGCUUCUCAACAUCACUGCAGACCCCAGUGACUGGAGUCCAGGGAACGUGCAGAAGUGGCUGCUUUGGACAGAGCACCAGUACCGGCUGCCUCCAGUGGGCAAAGCCUUCCAAGAGCUGGGGGGCAAGGAGCUGUGUGCCAUGUCGGAGGAGCAGUUCCGCCAACGUUCACCCCUCUGUGGGGAUAUUCUGCAUGCCCACUUGGACAUCUGGAAAUCAGGCUGGUGCCUCUGUGAUUCUCAUCAAGCCCUUCCUUCUGCUACAGCCACCUGGAUGAAAGAGAGAACCUCUGGAGCUCUGCAUGUUUGUGCAGUGGGGAGUGAGGAGACCUGGAACGACAGCGAAGUGGACUCUUCCUGCUCUGGCCAGCCUAUCCACCUCUGGCAGUUCCUUAAAGAGCUACUGCUCAAACCACACAGCUACGGCCGCUUCAUCCGAUGGCUCAAUAAGGAGAAAGGCAUUUUCAAGAUUGAGGACUCAGCCCAGGUGGCCCGGCUGUGGGGCAUUCGCAAGAAUCGUCCAGCCAUGAACUAUGACAAGCUGAGCCGUUCCAUCCGCCAGUAUUACAAGAAGGGGAUCAUUCGCAAACCCGACAUCUCCCAGCGACUGGUUUACCAAUUUGUGCAUCCUGUUUGAGUGGGGGGCAACCCCGGAUGCAGGGAGCCAGGAGAGGGACAGAGCAGGACUGGGACCCUGAUCUCACCCCACUGGCUUACCUCUCUCUCAGCUUGCCCCCCACCCCAACCUAGGCCCUGCCUGCUCUACCCAGAACCCCCUGACCCUAGUCAGUGCUGCUGGGAACUGUGCUCAGGCCAAGGAGACUGGGAAGGCUGAGCUCCAGAUUGGCUCAUUUCCCAGCCCCAGAGCUGAUCCCUGUCCAAGGAACAAGGGGCCUGUGUUGGGGAGGUGGAGGACUGGUCUUCUCUUAGAACAAGCACAAGUAUAUUCUGGGGUACUGGGGCCCUAUAGGGGGUGGGGUCUUUCUUUGGCCAAAUUGUUGACCUGACUCUCCUUCCAAAAUAUUAACCUGCUCUCUUACCCUAUUCUAUGCUCUAUGCUCUCCAAUGGGGGAGAACACACACACACACACACACACACACACACACACACACACACAGAGUCACUAUGACUUAAGACUGGAAUGACCUCUCAAGGGAGGACUCUUUCAGCUGUUUAUUGCCACAUUUCCCACACCCUGGCUUGGGAUCCCAACCCAACUGUAGACUCCCAAGGGCCCCUGGAUGCCAGUUAUCAGCCUUUCCACUCUCAGUUCACCCCAUAAAGGUUCACUGAGAACCUGGUCUGUGCUUUGGGCUAGGAAGGGGUAGAUGGGUGGGAAGAUGGAUGCUAGAGAAAUCAGAGGCUUUGUCCUUAAGUAGAAGGAAGUCAUGGUCUAGUUGGGGAAGCACCCACAUACACAUAAACAUGCACACAGAUCAAAAAAUGGGAAUCCAGCACAGAGUGUGACUAAAUACAGACUAGAAGGAUUCAGAGGAAGGAGGGAAGGACUGAUGAAUUGUCUAUGCUGGGGGAGGGAGCUGCCAGAGGAGGCUUUGCCGAGGAAGAAGAUGGGGAAAACUUGAAGGAUGGGCGGGAAGAUGGAAAAAGAAUCUGGGAGAAUAGUAUGGAAGGAGAUGUAUGAGCCAAAGCAAAGAGGUAGAAAUGAUCAUGAUGGUGGCAGCAAGGAUAAUCUGUCUUUUUUUUAGCUCCAUCCCUUGAAUUCCUGGAGUUUGCUUAAUCUGAAGCUAGGGUCAGGGGUGGGGUGAAGGGUCUCUUACUUUUCCUUGCCAGCACAAGCCUGGGGUGACAGGCUUGGCCUGAUAGUUGCCUCCCGGAGGGGAGAGGGAAGAAGAAUGAGACAAAGGGAUUUCGAAGGUUGAGUAGCCCCAAGCCCUCACACCAGGCCCAUCUGACCAGGGCCUGCUACCCUGACAGAUGCAGGUGCCUCCCCAUCUCCCCCCAUUCUUACUCUCGCCAAAGGAAGCUUUUAUCCUCACAAGCCUUUGGGAGAAUAUCUAGAGUGGGGGUGGAGGAGGGGAUAUGAUCCCCUUAUCCUUUCCUGGCUCCCUUAGGCGUCACACUUUGUAAAUGGGUCUGUCUUGGAGUCUCUUAGGAGAGUUGGAGGUGAGCUCAGGUCAGUGGGAUUGUCAAGCCCCCAACCCCAGAAGUUACUUGUUUGUCUCCUUUGUGAACAGACCUCGAGAAUCCCCAUCCCAUCAGGAGUGUUUCUGUGAAUGUGUCUAUUUCCAGACUUGUGAGGGUGGGAGAGUUAGUGACAACUGAAGAGGUGUGGAGAUGUGCGUGUGAGAGAGAGGGCAGGUGCAAGUAGGUGUGAGCUUUAACGAGGAGGUCUGAGACUCUCAGUUCCACGGCAACUUGCUUGUUUGAGAGAAACUGUGAUUCUCUCCUCCCCACCCCCAACCCCCAAAGAGUCACAAGAGCAUAGAUUCAGAGCAGAAGGAAACUCAGAGCCAUUGAAUCCAACUCCCCCAUUACACAGGUCAGGGUACUAAGGCCCAAAGAGCUUCACCUGAGCUGACACAGUGAAUUAGUGGCAGAGCCAGAAUUGCAACCCAAGACCUUUGAGUCCGAAUAAGAGAUGGAGUCAGAGCCAAAGUGAGCCUCAGAGAACUGAGGGUUAAUCCCAGUUUCCUGGACUGUCUUUUUCUACUCCCCAGCAGUUUUAUUGUCAAGGGAAAAGUUUACUUCUGAGCUGAGCAAACAGAAUGUUGGCAUCUUCUGUGCCCUCUGACUGGCUCCAGCAAAGGGGUUGCUUCUGUCUCCGUCCCCCUUGCCUCUGGCCUCCCCUGAUCACAGAAUCACAGGACUGGAGAGUGGGAAGGGACAGCAGCAGCAGCCGAUCUGGAUGAGCCAAGUCUCUGCCCUCCCAUCCUGUCCCAUCCAGUCCCAUCCCCUAGCAGGGGAGGAGGAAGGCUCGAGCCCCAGGCCAUAUCCUUAGCACUCGGUUUGUCUCCUCCCAGUUCCUCUAGGGCCCAUCUUCGGCUUCCCUGGCUCGGGCCGUGACAGGAGUUCUGGGUGAUUCUCUCCUUCCCUCAACACCCCUCCCUCUAGAUCCAGGGGCUGGGAAGAACAUCUGAGUCAGGGGUCUGCUGUCUCGAGGCCACAUGUAGUCUUCUAGGUCCUCAAGUGCUGCCCUUUGACUGAAUCCACACUUCACAAAAC